CAACGCAGGCGAGGAUUACAAUACCAAAGGUAGACAUACCUAUAUUGUUAGAAACUCUUUAUUAACCACAACCAACUAGAAAACUAGUUAAGUGAUUUUACUAAAGAGAACAUGUUUUCUGAACUAUCGAAUCGAGUGGAAGAAUUUCGGUGUAUGUGCCAGUAUAAGUUAUGGCACGAUGUACCAACUUUCGCUGAAGACGAAGAGCUUCCUCACGAUAUUCGUCAAUGCUACAUUCUUUUAGACAAGACAUCUAGAUCUUUCUCAGCAGUCAUUAAGGCACUUCCGGAUGAAUUAAGAGAAGCUGUGAUGUUAUUCUAUCUGGUUCUUCGAGGAUUGGAUACAGUAGAAGAUGAUAUGACCUUGUCUUUAGAGAAGAAAGUUCCUAUUUUACGAUCAUUUCAUGAAAAAAUUGAACAAGAGGGAUGGAACUUUGAGGAGUCUGGUCCCAAUGAAAAAGAUAGGGAGCUCUUAGUAAAGUUCAAUAUCAUUAUUUCCGAAUUUCUAAAGCUUAAUAAAGGAUACAGAAGCAUUAUCCAAGAAAUUACGAAAGAAAUGGGUGAAGGAAUGGCUCAUUAUGCGACUUUGUCAGGAAAGAAUGAUGGCUUUUCUGUUAGUACAGUGCAGGACUAUGAUCAAUACUGCCAUUACGUGGCAGGAUUGGUUGGCAUUGGAUUAUCCCGAUUGUUUGCUGAGUCUAAAUUAGAAGAUCCUGAAUUUACCAAUGCCGUGGACAUCUCCAACUCUCUUGGUUUGUUCUUACAAAAGACAAACAUUAUUCGUGAUUACCGUGAAGAUUUCGAUGAUAACAGACACUUUUGGCCUAAAGAAAUCUGGUCAAAGUAUGUUACGAACUUUGGGGAAUUCUGCCAACCUGAAAACUCCGAAAAAGCACUUACUUGUCUUUCUGAAAUGACCGCUAAUGCUUUAACUCAUGCUACUGAUGCUCUUAGUUAUAUAGCUUCUUUACAGAAUCAGAAGGUCUUUAAUUUUGUCGCUAUUCCUCAAGUUAUGGCUAUUGCUACCCUGUCAACUGUAUUCAGGAACCCAACUAUGUUCCAGGCUAACGUUAAGAUCCGCAAAGGCCAAGCAGUUCAAAUUGUACUUCAUUCUGUUAACAUCAAGAACGUUUGUGAUAUGUUUUUGCGCUACACUCGCCAAAUUCAUUAUAAAAAUACGCCUAAGGAUCCCAAUUUCAUGAAAAUUUCUAUCCAGUGUGGAAAUAUUGAGCAAGCCUGUGAAGCAAUCUUCCCUCGUCAUUACCGUGAGCUUUAUGACAAGGUAUUUUCUGAAAAGCUUUUCCAAGAAAAGAAGGGCAAUACCAAGGAUGAAUCUGCAAAAGUUGCUGUUUCCGAAGAAGUUCGUCAACAACAUAAAAAAGAUAUGAUUGAUCUCGGUGUUAGUGUCGGUAUCGUUUUAUUGAUUGUGUUCAGCUCUAUUGGUGUUGUCUUUUACGUGCUUGGUUUAAGCUUUUCCAUUUCAGAUUUGAAAAAUCUAAAAUUGAUGUAACGCUACACAGGUUUCACGAGAAUAUGGUUAUUUCUGAAAUUAAUUUCACUCAUUUAAUCUCACUACUUUAAAAGUAUCAAUCGCAUAUUGCCGGCCUUAUAAUCUUAAAUUCAUCUUCAUUUUAAUUACGAGAGACAGUAAGUAUACAAAACAAAAAGCUAAGACAACUAAAAUAUAAUCCGAAAAUAUCAUCUGCACUCUAAAAGCAUACUAACAGCGGCUAUUCCCUUUUCUUCAAAUUUUAUGCGGUAGAAAUCUUUUGACGUUUCAUGGUCUACAUGGUUAGAUUGUAAUUCUUGAACAACUUAACUACACUUACUUCAUUAUUAUUACCAGCGUCAUUGUAAGAUCUCUUUUUAGAGGACUUCGGUUUUUCUUCUCCCGGUUCGAACACUUCAUCGGGCAAAUUGACACUGAAACGUUAGAAAAUUAUUAAACAUCUAGCAUUGCACGUACUUUCUUGUAUUUUUUAUAAAAACAUUCACUUGGGUUUCAUCAUAUCUAUCCCACUUUUUACACAAUUCGUAGAACUCUUGAGCAGGCCACGAUAUAUCUAACUUUUUGAUA